CCUGCGCACGGAAAGACACAUCGAGUAUCGGAUUUGAAACAUGCGAUUGUUACUUGCAUUUUGUGCCAUAUUGGUAAAGCAUACGAAUGACUGUGGUGCAUUUGACAUACGAGCUCCUAUCAACAAGGGAAACAUAAAUAAAGCUGGAAUAAAUCCGAAAAGCGGUUUAUCAGGAUAUGCUGAUGGUCUUGAGACUACUCUUCCUCCACUUCCCCCGGGAUUUGCAGCUGACGACCCUUCAGCAAAUUCAGCAUGUGUCGAUCUUAUGUUAGUGUUUGACGUAUCAUGCUCGAUAACAAAUGAUGAUAAAGCGAACGCCAAACAAUUUGCCUCAAAACUGUUAGAGAACCUUCUGGGUCUGGCGGAUAAUAUCAACCUUGGAAUAGUAACCUACAGCGAAAAUAGAAACCUUGUUUCACCAUUAGUUACGUUGGAGUUCACGAGUGACAUCGAUACCUUGCUAGAUAAUGUUAAUAUGACAAACUUAGGAUGUAAAACAUACACUCACGAAGUUCUCGAGGCUCUCUAUACUGAAUAUUUCACUCCAGAAAAUGGCGACAGGGUUGACAUCUCAAACGUCGCUGCUAUAUUCACCGAUGGUCGAACCAUCCAGAGAAGAUUUUCAAGUGCUACGAAGGAAGCAGCCACUGCGGCAAAAUUAGCUGGCAUUGAAAUAGUUGUUGUCACUGUCCCUCAUAGAUCAGGGGAAGAAGAUCUUGAUGAAUUUACCACAUUACCGUCGUCAUCUGAUCUGCUCUACAACUCCAAGAAGGACGAUGACGCUGCAAUAAUGGCGGAUGGAUUAAUAGCACGACACCCAUGCAAUAUUUUACCCGAAGCUGAUGAUAUUCCAUGCGCCGAUGUGGUAUUCGCCGUCGAUACAAGCUGCUCAGUUGAUCAGGGGAACAUCUCAGAGUCUGUAUUAGUUGCCGAAAGAAUAGUGAAGAGUUUCAGCCCUCCUUUCUUUCAGUUUGGAGGAUUCACAUACAACAACAACACUGUUGAUUCUUUCCCGUUUACCAGUGAUAAUAGAGACGCGGCCUUAUUUCUGGCUGGUCUCAACACAGCCUACACCGCCUGCAAAACGAGAACUAACAGAGCGAUCACGUAUUCAUUGGAUAACUACUUCAAUAGCCCAUUGGAUGAUCCCGAAAAAACAAACUUUUUGAUCAUUUUCGGAGAUGGUAACGAAUCACCAUAUAAUGAAAACCAACUUGCCUUAACAAAGGCUGAAGCGUUUAAAAACGUUGGUGGGAUUAUCAUCUGGGUGGUGAUGACCAGCAAUAGAAAAGAAGAAACACGAUUGCGAGGAAUAAGAGAACAAAUUGAGCCAACGGCAUCAACUGACGAAAGAGACGGAUCAAAACUCAUAUUUGAUUACGACGAUCCGGAAAUCGUUUACAAGAUAGCUGAUUUUAUUGGAUUGGUUGCAACAUGUCCCCGACCAGAAUUAUAACACUUUAUUUCCAUCAUUUCAAGUUUUCGUAAAAAUCAAUAAAUGCAUUGAAGUACAGAAUUAUGACUCAAUUAACUUUAAUUAUAAAUGAUUACUUAAU